ACUAAGGUCAGCCAUUACUCAUUAACCCGUUAACCAAAUAUUUUUGAUACGCCCGGCCUGCCAAAGUGGAUGUAUCCUUGCGACUUGUACAAACGUGGCCCGGUGUGAUACGCCCCCUGCACACCCGCCCCAAGACAACACAGGGGAAAAGAUGGAUUCCGAAGUAACCAGUCCUUCCAUGGAAACUUUCACCAUGGCGACAAACUCUUCUGUCAUUCCGGGUUCUUCCGCCUCCCUAGAUCCUCCAGACAUCGCCGUCUUGGUCGUGUACUUCUUUUUCAUCUUAGGGGUUGGACUCUGGUCCAUGUACCGGACCAACCGUGGGAAUGUGGACGGGUAUUUCCUGGCCGGCAGAGACAUGGUUUGGUGGGCUGUUGGCGCGUCCCUGUUCUCCAGUAAUGUAGGCAGCGGCCAUUUUGUGGGCCUGGCCGGGUCCGGGGCUGCCGGGGGGAUAGCGGUUGGAGGGUACGAGUGGAACGGAAUGCUUGUGGUGCUGAUGAUGGCAUGGCUGUUCCUACCUGUGUACAUUGCCGGCGGGGUAUAUACUAUGCCUGAGUAUCUGAAGAAGCGCUAUGGAGGCAACAGGCUACAGAUUUUCCUCGCCAUUCUUGUUCUCUUCAUCUACAUCUUCACCAAGAUCUCGGUGGAUAUGUACGCCGGAGCGAUCUACAUUCAGCAGUCCCUCGGGUGGAACAUCUACCUGGCUAUUGUGCUCCUUCUGGCACUUUCUGCGGUCUACACUGUAACAGGUGGUCUUGCAGCGGUUAUUUACACAGACACGGCCCAGACUGUCAUCCUCUUCAUCGGAUGCUUAAUACUUAUGAUACUGGCCUUUAUCGAGAUUGGUGGCUUCUCUUCCUUCGUGGAUAAGUACAUGGCGUCCAUUCCUGACUACACAGUGCAGCACUAUCCCAACUACACCUGCGGCAUUCCUCGCGCAGACUCCUUCCAUUUACUCCGUGACCCCGUCAACUCUGACUUCCCCUGGCCGGGAACCGUCCUGGGCAUGACCAUCAACUCCAUCUGGUACUGGUGCGCUGAUCAGGUUAUAAUUCAACGAUGCCUGGCAGCGAAGAACAUGUGCCACGCCAAGGCCGGCGCCAUCAUGUGUUCCUACAUGAAGAUACUACCGAUGUUCCUGAUGAUCUUUCCUGGGAUGAUCAGCAGGUCUUUAUUCCCCAAUGAGAUUGCUUGUCAGACCCCGGAAGCCUGCAGAAGAGUUUGCAACAACCCUGUGAGCUGCACCGACAUUGCCUACCCAAAACUCGUACUGGAACUAAUGCCUACAGGUCUGAAGGGCCUGAUGAUGGCCGCCAUGAUCGCGGCGCUGAUGAGUUCUCUCACAUCCAUCUUCAACAGCGGCAGCACCAUCUUCACCAUGGACGUCUGGAGAAAAGUGCGAAGAAAAGCUACCGAGAGGGAGCUCAUGAUCGUCGGGAGAGUAUUCGUUUGCGUCUUGGUCGUCAUCAGUGUAUUAUGGGUACCCAUCAUCCAGUCUUCCCAGGGUGCCCAGCUGUUUGUGUACAUCCAGGUCAUCAGCUCCUACCUCCAACCACCGGUCACCGUUGUCUUCGUCAUGGGGAUCUUUUGGAAACGGGCCAAUGAGCAGGGUGCUUUUUGGGGUCUUAUGUUAGGAUUAGGGACCGGUUUACUCCGGAUGACACUGGACUUCAUCUACCCGGAACCAGCUUGUGGGGAACCGGACACUCGUCCAGACGUCAUCGGGAACUUCCACUACCUGUACUUCGCAAUCUUCCUCGCAGGGUUCACUCUAAUAGUACAAAUCAUCGUCACGCUUCUGACGCCACCGCCUUCGGAAGAACGGCUUGUUCGCCUGACUUGGUGGACGCGAUUUGAUCACUGUGAGGAGGAAAAUGAGGAAGAUGUAGAACAAGACGAGGACAAGGCAGAGCAAAAGGACUUGCAGCCUGAGAAAGCACAAGAAGAAAAAUCGAGCGACAAGGAGGCCAUGCAAACAGCUGAAGGUGCCCCCAAUGAUACUGCCAGUAAACCGUCCCUCCUCAAGCGAGGCUACCAGUGGUUCUGUGGGUUCUCCAGUGAGCAGUCCGCGGGGCCCACUGCGGAGGAAAAAGUCAUGAUGACGUCAAUCAAGGAACCUCGGACCUGGAGACUAGUGCUCAACAUUAACCUCGUCUUCGUUAUCGCCGUGGCGCUGUUUCUAUGGGGAUUUUUCGCAUAAAAGUAAAAGAUAAAACAGGAAGAGCAGAGUUGCCCGUUGUCCCGCCAGAAAAAAAAGCGAAAUGUCUCCCUGUGUCGAUUUUAGCGUGUAACGCUGAUUACUCAUAAUGUAAUGUAAUUUUUUGUGAUUUGCAUAAAGUAUGGAUGUCAUGAAUAUAUUUACACGUACAUUAACAGUAAACAUGAAAUAGAUACGAUACUAGUAUCCCAAACUCAAGAAUGAAAAACGCACAAACCUACUAGUAUACCGAUAUUUAGACAUUAAUUGUAGACCCCAAGAGAAACAAGGUUACAAAAUGUAAGAUUUCCUAUGGCCUACUACAAUGUACAUGCAUUCCGUAUUUGACAAUUCCAUCAUUUUAAUUAACAGUUUAAAUUCACGCUG